GAGAUAAAAACUACACACGUGUGAUUCACAGUGAAAUAUAUACGACGUAUUACAUGUACAGUGAUAACAUUUUCUAAUUCCUCUCGACGAUAUUUCAGAUUUAAACUCAAGUUGGUUGAUCAUCCACACAAUGCCCAUCAGUUUUCUAUCUACAAUACGUAACAUCCUGCUGCUGUUUUACGUGAUACAUAUUACGUCAGCCGAAAAGACAUGGACAGAAUGGACUGAGUGGUCCACUUGCUCCACCACGUGCGAGUUCGGACUACAUGAGCGAGUGUCUCGCCUGAAGAACGAGGACGGAAGUUUCAGUGACAUUACAAGAACAGAUCACAAGAGUUGUUUACACGAUACCCUGUGUCCAGUGGCCGGUAACUGGACGAGUUGGAGUCCCUGGAGUCAUUGUUCCAUGCCAUGCGGGAUGGGCCACCAAAAGCGGGUCCGCCACUGCGCAAAUCCGCGCCCCGCUAACGGUGGAGCGGAUUGUUUAGGACCUAGUGAACAAACCCAAGAGUGCAAGAAGCAGCGAUGUCCAUCUAUUCCACCGGAUUUUUCCAUGGACAUGUGCAGAGAUGAAAAACGGAUUUUCCUGUGUCGUAGCGCCAUCCACUGUGUAAACAAAACAUCCGUGUGUGACCGGGUUGUUAAUUGUCAUGACGGAAGUGACGAAAUGGGUUGUUACAGAUACGGGCCAAAUACUUCCGUCUCCAUUCAAGACAUGGUAUCUACGGCAAUACUCACAGUCUCAUGUCUGCUGUUUACCGUCCUGGCUGCAUGACAUCUCCACCUUGUAAACUAUUUAGUGGACACCGUUUCAUACAUUGGUUAUUUUUAUAUUGUUUAGAAUACUUUUGAGACGUGGUGCUGAAUAUGUUUUUUUUUAAUCAAUAACAUGGUAUUCCAGUGUGUUUUUAGUCCACAAGAGUUACUUCCCUGUCUGUAACAUUUGUCCGGUAUUGGACAGUAACCCAUCUGACGAAUGUAUAUAUAUACGUAUAGAAGAGUUAGUGAUUUAAUGUUUGAAACAAAUUGUAGGUAGUCCCUAAUUGUGUUUAAAACGUUUUCAUGUUAGAUUUAGAUUUUUUUGUUAUUAUGUUUAUUAUUUUAUGAAAAUGUGACUGUCUUGUAGUAAUGUCUGUUUUAAUCUUGAAAUUUUGAAAUGUCUAUGUUCUUAAUGGGAAAAGAAAUGCAUUUAUCGAUAUUUAUAUUUUUAACACAAACAUUUUUUUUAUAUUUACAUUAUUUUCUUAUGCGCUGAAAUGAUAUACUGCAAACGUGCUUAUUAUGCUGGAAUGAAGUUAAGCGCAUUAUCAUUUUUUUUUUUGCAAAUUAGCUGAGUAAUGAAUUGGCUCAUGGACAAUAGAAAUAUUUACCUUUACAGUUGGUAUAUGCCACUUGAUAUGCAUUUUGUAUAUUUGUUUAAGAUAUUUUAAAAGUUUUCUUGCCUAAAAUAUGUUUAUCUAUAUUGAGGAUAGAAUGUUUGGUGCUCUAAUGAAACUUGUCCUGGUAUUUGUACCGCCGACAUAAGGUUGCAUAGAAAUAUAUAGUCGGUGCUAUAUUAAAAACAUACCCUAAAAUUUCUGAAUCACCAACCGUCUAGUUUACAAACAAUAUGCAGUCAACAUUGUUAAAAAAUACCCCGGCAUUCUGAACCGCCCACUUUCUUGUUUACGUAACAUAAAUAUAAACGGUUCUUUAACAAAAACCUACCCUGUAUUUAUUGACCGGUUAGUGUACAGGUAAAUUAUAAAAUAUUUAGUGAAAUGAUUAAAACAUAUCCCGAUAUUUCUGUACCGCAUACGAUAUGAUUAUUUCACUAAAAUUUGACAAGAUAUUAUUCCAAUGAACGAGUUCUGUUUAAACAUUUCAUUUUUUUUACAGUGAAUGUGUCGAUAUAAACAUGAUAUUUGGAUGUACGAGUGAUAAAAUGUACUGAUGAAUAGUUUAUUUUUAAAUGAAUUGUUGUAGAAUUGUGACAAUACAAAUAACUCAAUACAAAUAAC